AUGGUCAACCCCACAUGGCUCAACAUAGACUUCGUCCGCGUGCUCGAGCUCGCAGCAGAGUUCGGUCGAGUUGUCCUUGCACUUGACUUCAAGCCAGAGCCUCCAGACUUCACUUUUCGUGCAUUAGAACCAAUUUACAAGCAGAGCAUCGAACACUUCCAAGAACGAUGUGAACGGAAAGCUCAGGAGAUCAAUGAUGUCGCAAAAUCUGAGAAAGAGGCCCAAGAUGCCUUUGACGACACCGCAAUCAAAGACCAACGCUUCAACGAACUUGAAGAUCUACUACACCGACACUCUCGCUUGAUAACCAAUCUCCACUCCCUCCUCACUCACCCGCACCUGCAACCCCUCCCCCACGCCUCCGCCACCCUCCUCACCCUCUCCCCCGCCGACAACGCCCUUGGCCGCGAACGCUACAUCAACCCCCCGCUCUCCGGCUACGGCUUUUCCAACGACUACAUCCGCCAAUGGCUCGCCGUCAUCCCCGGUCGUGUGGGUCGACACUUCGAAUCCGAGGAAGCUGCAAAGGUCAAUUUGACGGCGAUGGUGCAGCGGGUGGUGGUGGCGUUGGUGGGAGGGGCGAGUUUGUUGGUGCCGAUGGUUGUGAUGACUUUUGUUACGGGGGUGGGGGCGAGGUUGGGGAUUGUGAGUGGAGCGACGAUUCUGUUUGGGGUAGCUUUUGCGCUGGUGAGUAAGUCGAAGGAGAACGUGUUGGCAGGGACGGCGGCUUAUGCUGCCGUAAUGGUUGUGUACAUUGGGAGCGCUUCGCCUAGUGGUAGUGGGUCGUGA